UUACCUAUGUCCUACAUGAUCGGAAGUAAAAUAUGUAGCUGUAAAUACAUUUUAGCUGGUUCAUGACGGGUUUGUGAACGGUCGCAUAUUAAUGCAGAGCGGAAGCAUAUACAUUUGGAUAUGUUGUUUUAAGACGGUAUUAAAACAAUCCAAUCGAGAAAAUAGUUUCCGAAAGUUAAAACAUGUUUAUAAACUUUGAAAACAAUAAAUAUAAACAUACUAACUAACAUCUUCUAAAAAGUACUUUAUGUCUAAAUAAUGUUUUUAACGGUAAAAUUUGGAUCACCGAUAAACCACUAGAGUAUCAUCAGUCGAAGCACCUGAUUAUAUCAAAUUAUCUAAAUACUAAAUAAUGUAACAUUGGAUCAGAAAAUAAAAUACACAUGUGAUCAAACGAUUAAAUAAAAAAAUGAAUUAAAGAAAAAGCAUAAACCGUAAAAUAAAAUCAAACCAAUCACAUAAAGCCACGUGCACAAGGCGGUUAAAUUUCAAAAAAAAUAUUCAUAAAACCGGUAAAAACCGCUUAUAGCAUUUUCACAAAUUGGCUAAAAACGAUCUUAACUGUUUCUUCUUCAAUUGAACAUCAAUGGCGUCUCUGACUCUGAGAGACAGAUUCCAACACGCGAUCACUCCGGCCGCCUUUCGAUCAUACCUCGCAGAGUUUCUCUCCACCUUCUUCUUCGUCUUUGCCGCCACCGGAUCCACCAUGUCUUCAAGGAAGAUGAUACCUGAAGCGCCAAUGGUUGUUGACCCGUGUGGUUUGCUAGCCACAGCGAUUGCGACCGCCUUUGCAUUGUCAGCGGCAGUUUAUGUAGCGGUUAAUGUCUCCGGUGGCCAUUUAAAUCCCGCGGUGACGUUUGGAAUGGCGGUGGGAGGACAUAUUAGUAUUCCGCUCGCGAUGUUUUACUGGAUUUCUCAAAUGCUUGGAUCUGUUUUCGCGUGUCUGCUAUUGAAACUCAUGACUAUAACUGAGAAUGUUCCGGUGCACGGUAUUCCAGACGAAAUGACGGGAUUCGGAGCGGCGAUACUAGAAGGCGCGAUGACAUUUGCGUUGGUGUACACUUUUUAUGCUACUGGAGAUCCAAGACGAGGUGCAUUUGGUACAAUUGGGCCGUUGAUGAUUGGGUUUAUAGCGGGAGCCAAUGUGUUGGCUUCAGGCCCAUUUACUGGUGGGUCAAUGAACCCAGCAUACUCGUUUGGGUCGGGUAUGGUUGGAGGAAGUUUUAAAAACCAAGCGGUUUACUGGGUCGGACCGUUGAUUGGAGCAGCCGUUGCGGGUGUUGUGUAUGAUAAUGUGGUGUUUCCUGCUCAAACGCCUGAGGAUGCGAUCCGCGGAGUUACAGAUGGGAUUGGUGUUUAAGUUUUGCUAAAUACUAUAUUGACUCUUCAUGACCCAAUUGUGUGUAACUUUUAUUCUGAUUAAUUAUGUAAGA